AUGGCCGGAUCACACAAUGACAUCAACGUGCUUCAACGCUCGCCGGUGUUUGCAAAGCUUGCCGAAGGCAAUAGCCCCCCGGACCUGGUGUUCGUCGCCGCCGAGCCGUUCAUCGACGACGACUGCUUCGUCAUCUCCCUCGAGGUGCGCUACGGCAAGGAAGCUUUUCCCGUGGGCUCGGCCAGCAUCUCGCUCGCUGCCAUCGAGAGGCGGGUCGACGAUCGGAAGGUGGCAUCCAAGUGGCUCGACCUUCUCCCCUCCGACGAGGCUAUCAGAAAAGUGGGCAAGAGGGCGGCCAUGCACAUGCACGGCGGCCGGCUGCACGUACGAGUGUGCCUCGACGGGGGCUACCACGUUGCCGACGAGCCGCAGUACGCGAGCAGUGACUUCCGGCCUUCGGCGCGGCAGCUGUGGCGCCCGCCAAUCGGCGUGCUGGAGCUUGGCAUCGUCGGGUGCAAAGGCCUCCUACCGAUGCGCACCGCCGACGGCAAGGGGUGCACGGACGCGUACGCCGUGGCCAAGCUGCAGGCGCUCGUGUCGUGGCGCGACCCGCGCGCCACGGGGAUGUUCGUGCUCCUCUGCGUCGUGGUGGCCAUGGUGCUGUACAUGGUGCCCAUGAAGGUGGUGGCAGUGGUCGCCGGGUUCUACUACCUUCGGCACCCCAUGUUCCGGGACCGGAUGCCGGCGCCAGUGAUCAACUUCUUCCGGCGGCUGCCUUCUAUGUCCGAACGUAUCAUGUAG